AAACUCAAAACCUAUAUCCGCGAUUAUAAAAAUAAUAAUAAACUCUAAAUUCUUUAAGAAAUCAACAAUAGGUAUUAUUAAGGUUUCGGUUUGCAAGAAUCAGUUUACACUAUAGAUAAGAAGGCUGCCCGAGGGACAGCUCGUAAAUGUAAGUCAGUCCAAAUUCAGACACGGCUUAAGCUAUAUCAAAGAAACUACAAAUUAUAAGUCAGUGAAAGAAUCAAGCAGACAAUGAAAGGACCAAAGAUAGAUAACAGAAGCGAGGAGGAGAAGAACGAAUACUACGGACCAAUAGACGGAGUGAGACCGAUUGACUACAGAGAAGGAACAUACCAAAUAUUUAUGAGAUGCAUGUGCUUAAGCACAGAAAAUAACGGCGAGAUCCUUUACGUUGAGCGGAGUGAUUCGAGAAGGAGAUUAUGCGAGGAAUGCUACGAUCGAGAAUUCCAACCUGGAAAUUUUGAGGAAGUGACCGGAUGGCAUUCGAUAUGCUCACCCUUACACGGAAUUGACAUCGAUACAAAAGUUAAUUGUUACUUUUGUAAUCAAGAAUUAAUGUGGUUAAGGCCGUCUCACCAGUGCCGAGACUGUCUCGAGGAAUACGUCAGGAAUAGAGUAGACUUUGAAAUUAUGGAAUUUCAACGAAAAAAUUUCGAAAUUAAG